CAAGAAAUGUUGCUAAUAUUGUUCUCUAAUUUGGAAUGAACACAUCUGUACUUUGGAUGCAAUAUCUACAGGUAGAGGGGACAUAUAAAUGAGGGAGGGGAUGCCUCAAUUUGCGUUGCCUCUGCACAAGGAUUUAGUUUAUUUAGAUAUCACCAAUUCCUCUGGGCUGGAGUAGUAGAGAUUAGACAUGGAUGAAGGAGAACACAAGUGGAUGCGGUCUUCUUUGUGGAUGGCCAGAGGCCCAGUUCUUCUUCAGAAACAUGAGCAAUGCGGCAUUUGGAGAUGACAACUAAAAGGAAAAUUAUUGGCCGCCUGGUGCCAUGCCGAUGUUUUCGAGGGGAAGAAGAAAUAAUCUCAGUGCUUGAUUACUCCCACUGCAGCCUUCAGCAAGUGCCAAAGGAGGUAUUUAACUUUGAACGGACAUUAGAGGAGCUUUAUCUGGAUGCCAAUCAAAUUGAAGAACUUCCUAAGCAAUUAUUCAACUGUCAAGCUCUACGUAAACUGAGUAUCCCAGAUAAUGACCUUUCAAGCCUGCCAACCAGCAUUGCCAGUUUAGUUAAUCUCAAAGAACUUGACAUAAGUAAAAAUGGGAUUCAAGAUUUUCCAGAAAAUAUAAAGUGCUGUAAGUGUUUAACAAUAAUUGAAGCAAGUGUCAAUCCUAUUUCUAAGCUCCCAGAUGGUUUCACACAGCUUUUAAAUUUGGCCCAGCUAUAUCUAAAUGAUGCCUUUCUGGAAUUUCUUCCAGCUAACUUUGGAAGACUUGUUAAAUUACGAAUAUUGGAAUUACGAGAGAAUCACUUGAAAACGCUGCCAAAGUCAAUGCACAAACUGACCCAACUGGAGAGGCUUGACCUGGGUAAUAAUGAAUUUUCUGAGCUGCCUGAAGUUCUGGAACAAAUACAAAACCUAAAAGAAUUAUGGAUGGACAACAAUUCACUUCAAACAUUACCUGGGUCUAUAGGACGAUUAAAACAACUGAUAUACUUGGAUAUGUCAAAAAAUAGGAUAGAAAGUAUAGAUCUGGACAUAUCAGGAUGUGAAGCCCUUGAAGAUCUACUAUUGUCAUCAAAUAUGCUACAACAACUGCCAGAUUCUAUAGGGCUCUUGAAAAGACUUACCACUUUGAAAGUAGAUGACAAUCAACUUACAGUUCUGCCCAAUGCUAUCGGAAAUUUAUCUUUAUUAGAAGAAUUUGACUGCAGCUGUAAUGAACUGGAGUCUCUACCUCCCACCACUGGCUAUCUACACAGUCUCCGAACUUUAGCUGUAGAUGAAAACUUCCUGAGUGAACUUCCCAGAGAAAUUGGCAGCUGCAAAAAUGUAACCGUCAUGUCCCUCCGUUCAAACAAACUGGAAUUUCUUCCCGAUGAAAUUGGUCAAAUGCAGAAACUCCGUGUCUUAAAUUUGAGUGACAACAGGUUAAAAAAUUUACCCAUCACUUUUACAAAGCUUAAAGAACUUGCAGCAUUGUGGCUUUCAGACAACCAGUCUAAGGCUCUGAUUCCUCUUCAAACUGAAGCGCAUCCAGAAACAAAGCAAAGAGUAUUAACUAACUACAUGUUUCCUCAGCAACCUCGUGGUGAUGAAGAUUUCCAGUCUGAUAGUGAUAGUUUUAAUCCUACUCUGUGGGAGGAACAGCGGCAGCAACGUAUGACAGUGGCCUUUGAGUUUGAGGAAAAAAAGGAAGAAGAGGAAAAUGCAGGAAAAGUUAAGGAAUAUUGCACUUUGGAAGGUUUUUAUCCCCAGCGGCAUGCUACUUCUGAGGUUGAAAUAAAUUUAAAGCGUUAUCCAACUCCAUAUCCAGAAGAUUUAAAGAACAUGGUGAAAUCUGUUCAAAAUCUGGUGGGCAAAUCUACCCAUGGAGUGAGGCCUGAGAAUUCAGCACCAUCUGCCAGUGCAGAACAAGUUGUGAAAGACAAAUUUGAGCACAAGUGGCCCAUGGCAACAAAAGAGCUGUCAGAGGAUUCUUUUGUACACCCAGUGAAUGACAUGAGGAUAGGAGAACUUCGCCCCUCAAUGACUGAUGCACCAUUAUAUCAACCAAAACUUGUUCUCUUAGGAAAAGAAAAAAAAGAAUCAACUGAUGAGUCUGAAGCCGAUAAAGUUCACUGCAUGAAUAACAGUGUUUCUUCAGGCACCUACUCAGACUACUCUCCAUCACAAGCUUCUUCCGGGUCUUCUAAUGCUCAUGUUAAAAUAGGAUCUUUGCAGACUACAGCUAAAGAUGCAGUGAAUAAUUCAUUGUGGGGUAACAGACUUGUCCAAUCUUUCCCACAACCCCUUGAGACCAAGCCAUUACUCAGUCAACGGGAAUCUGCUCCAGCAGGAAAUUUACAGCAACACAAUGAUAGGCGUCCAAUGAGUGAUGCCUUUGCUGACAGUUGGAAUGACAGCUCUCACUAUGAUAACACAGGAUUUGUGGCAGAGGAGAACACAGUGGAGAAUCCUAGCACUAAUCCUCUCUUAAGCUCCAAAUCAAGAAGCACAUCUGCUCAUGGACGCAGGCCUUUAAUUAGGCAAGACAGGAUAGUUGGUAUUCCCCUAGAACUUGAGCAACCCACUAUCCGAAAUACCCCUGAAUCAGAAGUGCCUCCAUCAAACCCUUGGCAGAACUGGACAAGAACACCCAGCCCCUUUGAAGAUAGGACAGCUUUUCCUUCUAAGCUGGAGAUCACCCCUAAUAGCAGCCCUUUACCUGAAAGGAAAGACCUUGUUAAAGACUCUCCUGAAAUAUCUAGUACUUUUUCUCCAGGUGCACCAUGGGAAUAUCAUGAUUCCAAUACUAACAGAAGUCUCAGCAAUGUCUUUUCACACAUUCACUGUCGCCCAGAGCUUUCUAAAAAUAUUAUUUCCAUCAGCAAAAGUACAGAGCGGCUUUCUCCAAUGAUGAGAGAUUUAAAAACAAGCCGGUUUAAGAAAUCACAAAGUAUAGAUGAGAUAGAUAUUGGUGCAUAUAAAGUUUAUAACAUACCAUUAGAGAACUAUGCAGCUACUACUGAUAACGCAGGGAUACAUGACAGACAAGAUAAGAUGUUGGGGCCAGAACAUGGAAUGUCUAGUAUGUCCCGUAGCCAGUCUGUGCCAAUGCUUGAUGAUGAACUUCUGACUUACGGAAGUGUAAAGGUCCAACAGCAAAAGCCCUCUGUGACUAAAAAAGUAUACCAGUUUGACCAAAGUUUUAAUCCUCAAGGAUCGGUAGAAGUGAAAGCUGAAAAAAGACUACCGCCCCCUUUCCAACAUACUCCAGAAUACAUUCCCCAACAGACGAAAAAUGUCUCUAAGGAUUUGGUUAGUCCCAGAGCCUACCGAGGAUAUCCACCCAUGGAACACAUGUUUUCCUUCUCACAGCCUUCUGUUAAUGAAGAGACUGUCAAUACUCAGUUGACAAGUCAGGGAUCAAGGGCUGGAUUUUUAAGAAGAGCAGAUUCAUUGGCCAGCUCCACUGAAAUGUCCAUGUAUAGAAGAGUCAGUGAACCUCAUGAAAUGCCUCAAAGCGAUAGGUAUAACAGACAUCAGUAUAGAGGAGCUGUGGAACGCCAAAGCAGCAUUUCAGUAUCUGAAUCCCAGUUCCUCAAAAGAAAUGGCAGGUAUGAAGAUGAACACCCUUCAUAUCAAGAAGUGAAAACCCAGUCUGGAAGCUUCCCUGUUAAAAACCUAACGCAAAGGAGGCCUUUGUCUGCAAGGAGCUACAGUACAGAGAGUUAUGGUACCUCCCAAACCAGGCCAGUUUCAGCUAGGCCGACAAUGGCGGCUCUGUUGGAAAAAAUACCGUCUGACUAUAACUUGAGUAACUAUGGUGAGAAGCCGUCAGAUAAUCCUGAUUUAAAGACAAGGCCUACUCCUGUGAAGGGCAAUGAGAGUAAAAUGCCUGCUGACUGGAGACAACAGCUACUUAGACAUAUAGAAGCUAGAAGGUUAGACAGGACUGCUGCUUAUAAACACAACACUGUUAACCUUGGCAUGCUGCGCUCUGGAGGUUUGUCAGCAAUGCAUGCGGGCAGAAGCAUGACAUUAAACUUGCAGACUAAAUCUAAAUUUGAAAACCAAAUGCAUCAAGAGCUACCUCUACCGAAAACCCCAUCACAACAAAGCAGCAUUUUAGACAAUGGACAGGAAGAUAUUUCUUCUGGCAACCAAUGGAAUCCAUAUCCACUUGGAAGGCGAGAUGUACCACCAGAAACUGUUGCUAAAAAGGCAGGUAGCCAUAUUCAGACUUUGAUGGGAUCACAAAGUCUUCAGCAUCGUAGUCGAGAGCAGCCAUAUGAGGGCAACAUGAACAAAGUAACAAUCCAGCAGUAUCAGCCACCGUUGCCAAUACAGAUCCCAUCUCAGAGCUCUCGGGCACCACAAGCAGGAAGGUGUCUCAUCCAAACUAAAGGACAGAGGAGUAUGGAUGGUUAUCCAGAACAGUUUUGUGUAAGGAUAGAGAAGAAUCCAGGACUUGGAUUUAGUAUCAGUGGAGGAAUAAGUGGCCAAGGAAAUCCAUUCAAACCGUCUGAUAAGGGUAUCUUUGUUACUAGGGUUCAGCCUGAUGGACCUGCAUCCAACCUGCUUCAGCCUGGUGAUAAGAUUAUUCAGGCAAAUGGACACAGUUUUGUACAUAUGGAACAUGAAAAAGCUGUAUUACUUCUGAAGAGUUUCCAGAAUACAGUAGACCUAGUUAUUCAACGUGAGCUCACUGUCUAAAUAUUUUUUUAUAAAUAAUAAAAUAUGCCUAACAUUUUUUGCCAAUUGCUGGACCAAUGGCAAAUAUAGUGCCAAAUGUAUAAUAUUAUAUGUUAGUAAUGAUUACCCUGGGGAAAAAUAACUAUAUAAAUAUAACUUCCAAGUGAUUAUGUAUUAUUUUUCUUUGUAAGUCUAUGGCUAUGCAUUGGUACCAGCUUAUUUUUAAAAUAUUCUUUUUAAUUGUUUCUAGAUGUCUUUAUUUCAGGACACAGAAACACACACAAGUUCUUUACAAAUCUUAGUCUCCAUCAAAAUUACUGCCUCACAAUUGUUUAUGUUUUUAAAAAGAAAAUUAUAUAAAGUUAUAAUUCCCAUAAAGUAUUUCUAUCUCACAUAAGAUAUAAAUUAUUUAUAAAGAAUAUUUUAGUAGUUCUAUAUUCAGUAACAUGAGAAUUGAACAUAAUGGGAUUCACUUCUGUAGAAAUAGGUCUAGAGUUGUACUGCAGACCUGUUAGCUUUUUCAUUUUCCCCUUUUUUUACAAUGUAAAUACAUAUAUAUCUUUUAAGAGUGCAAUAUCCAAUUUAAAAUAACAUUAAAUUUAUUUGGGAGGGUAAUGGGAGUCUACAUUGGCAAAACCAGGCUUUUCUCUGCUCACAAUUAAUUAUUUAAAAAAACAUAUAUUCCUUUCCAAGAUUUACCUCAAAGAAGCUUAGAAUAUAAAUCACAAAAAUAGUAACAGUAAAAGAUGUUUAGUAGGGAUACUGAAUCAACCUUGUUGAUGGUUUGCAGAUGGUUACAACUUCCAUAACCUCCAAGCAUCCCAACCUCUGUUUAUGCUGGCAGUUCGGGCUAUAUGUUUAGAAGACACUAAAUUAGACAAGCUGGUGUAAGCUUCUGAGGAUUGUAGUCCACCAUCAUUAGAUGAAUGAAAUGUUACUUUGAGUUACCAGAACAUUCAGAUAUGGGCAGGCUUAGAAUGUUACCAUUCUGAACACAAUGAUAGGAAGGAAAGGAAAUACAAGUAUUUUGUUGCCCCUCACAUAGUCUGAGAAAGAAUGUAAUUGAAUAUUCUUGUAACUCAAAUGUCAGGCAUCUGAAAACUGCCAAGAGUCUUUUGACUGCUGUGAAGUAGAAAUUGCAUAAAUGCAUAAAUGUGCCACCAUACAUCCAAUCUUUACCAGCCAAAGGACUUUGAAAACAAGCCCAACUUUGGAAUUCGGGAGUUAAAAUUUUUGCCAUAGAUUGAUUAGCCCGAGAGUCCAAUAUUUUUCUAAAUAAGGAGAGGAAAGAUCAAGAAAACUUUCAUUUUUUCACAAUUUGUGUGUGACCAUAAAGUAAGCUGUUUCUUGAAUUUUGAAUACCAUGCUGCUAUGAACAAUGUCUCCGCUUUGUCUGUAAUAUUAUUCCCUUUGGUAUCCUGGACUCCAAACAAUUAGAUGAUCACUUGCAUUACCAACUUUGUGCAUUGUUUCUAGAGUCAAAUUAGUCUUAACUGCUGGAAAAUUGGUGUAAAAAACUUCUGUGCAGAAAAAUGUCCAUACCAAAAAUUUGUUAAACAGGAAAGAUAUCCCAUAAUGUGCACAUUAGCACAAUGUGCAAAUAAAGGGGUGGCUUUAAUAAUAUUAAAUACUCGGGGAGGGGGAUGUGCUUCCAGUUUGACUUAGAACUGAGGACGUAGUAAAUAGAAAUUUACAGAUUAAUCCAUAAAAUAUUCUAUAGACUAAUGGCAAUGUUUAGUUGUUUUAAAAAUUAGUGCUUGUCUAGAUGAGAUUUAACUUUAUUGUUCAAAAAUAUUACUCCAGGUUGUGGGUGAGAAGGAAAUUUCUUUGAUUCCAAAGAUAGAUACUCUAUAGUUUAAAUAAGAGGCCUUGGUUUGGAAUUAUUCAUUCCUAACAAAAAUAACUGGUUAUCUCAACCUGAGUAGAAAAUUAAUUAUGUAACAAGUUGAUACUUAUUAACACUUUCUCCCUAACCCUUUAUAAAAACCUUGUACAAAAUUAAUAUUUUAUCCUCCUAGCGAUAAAAAAACAUUUAAAUAAUUCACAAUAUAAAUUAGAGCUCUGCUAAAUUUUAAAGGAAAAAAAAUGCUUUGUAGGAAUGCAAAGAUCCUUUGCUUCUACAUUUUAGUCAUGAUUUUGUUCUGCUAUUCUUUUAAAAAAAGCCCUUCUUUUCAUCUUAAUUACUGAAAUCAUCUCAACCAAUCUUAAAUCAUAUAGAUUUGAUUAGAUUAUGACAUCAGUAAGGAAAAUGAGACUGCUUUGCUUUUUCUCUAAAAUGCCAAUAUAAAUUAAUUAUCAAAAUCAGCAUUGGGAUGUGUAUUACACUACACUUCUUCUUAAAAGUACAAUUGCACCUUGGCAACAUGUAGUUUGGAAAAGUGCAGUCGGAUGUAUGUCCUAAUUAGCAUUGGUUGUUUUGAUCCUUUUUUUAAAAAAAAAUGGUAUCACAAAGCAGUGAACACAGCAUUUCCAAGUCAAGUACUGGCUUAAUUGCCAUACAUGGACAGCUUUCCCCCAACAGAAUAAUGUUUAUGCUAUUUAGGGGCCUUUAAGGAAUCUACCUUUUUGAAGGGCAUGAAAUCAUUAAGAAAACGUAAUUCCCUCCUUCUUCUCAGGGUUAGUGCGAGUAUAAAGCCAAUUCAUGUUUUCUCUACUAUCACAUUCCAUCACGUCCUAGUAGUCCUUCUGAAGUUAACUAUAGCUAGCUGAAGUUCCCAUCUUGCAACCAUCCAGUUAGGGAAUGCAGAGGUUGGGAGACCAAGAAACACACCCGAGGACAAUGGCAGAUGUCUUCAGCCAAAGUACAUCACAUCCAGCUGAGUUCUAAACAUCCAUGUCAGAAAAGGGAGCUUAGUUGGGAAGAAGAGUUAAAUAUGGAAAUCUUUCUCUCUUCCCGUCCCCUUAAAUUUAUAGAGCAUCGGAUAAGGAAUAACGUGAUCUUAAGCUGUUAGAUCAGCACCAGAAGACCCAGAUUCAAGUCUAUCUUUAAUCGUGGAAGCUGAUCGGGUGGCUUUCAGACAGUCGUUCUCAGCCCAACCCACUUAACGGGGUUGUUGCUGUGGGAGAAAACGUACCCUGCUUUGAGCUCCUGAAUGAAAGGCGGUGAUAAAUAAAAUAUAGUGCUCCACACAAUAUAUAACAUUUAUUCAAUUUGUGAAGGACUGCACGUGUGUCACUAAUCCCACCAUGGUCUUUAGACAGUUCUGAAAAACCCAGAGCAGAGACUAUAUAGCUAAAAUCUCCCUUCCCGUUUCCAAACAGGUAAUCCGAGCAAAUCUAUUCAGUCAUCUUUGGCAAGGCUUUUUAAAGGCUCCUGCGAAUUCCAAAGCAGAAGCUGAAGCUGAACUGCUCCGUUCAGCUCCUACUUCUCAUUCAAAUUGGGUUUUGCUGCAUUUGUUUCCAUGGUGACAGUUGUACUAGCCAACCCUGACUAUAUACAAAGGCACUCUGCCCAAACAUGCCUUAAAGCGUGAUUAAAAGAACCAGGAGAAACGGACAGCUCUGGGUUUUUUGGCUUCCAUUCAGCAGAGCAGCUGUUUAUUGACACACACACAGACACACACAUACCGGAGAAAUAGGACUUUGCUGUGAGGAGAGCAAAUGGAUUUGCAUCUGUUCCUGCAGCUAGGCCAAUUUGCCUAUAACAGACCUUCUACAGAACGAUUUUAGCAAGCUUUUGCUCUCAGAACCCUUCUUACGGAUUUUCUUCCCAGGACUAUUUAUAGAAAGUAAUGUAAAAAGCAAUCUAGUUAAUAAGAUGCCAUAUGGAAUCAUUUUAGGAGGUACAAUAAAUUUUUAAACAUCACCUUGUAAGUACCACGUGGCAUCAUUUUGAUAGGUAUGACAUUUUUUAAAAAAAUCAAUUAAAAUAAGUGCAAGGAACUAUCUAGGCAGCCAUUUUUAAAGUUACCUUUCAUACAAGCGCUUCUUUAAAAAUUACAACUGGUUAAAAUUAGACUUCUGUUCUUCUCAUACAAAUGAUGUAAAGUUUUUAAUUCAUGUGUAAAUAUUAGUAUGAGAUACAAUUAACUAUUAAUCAGGAAGGCACAUUAGGACAAUGGUUAGGAAAGUGAACUGUUUUGCUGUUGUGAAUUCUAUUUUGCCCUUGCUGCCAAUGGUGAGUACCAUUUAAAAUCUCUCACAAAAUGUAUUGUCAAACUUCCCAGUUUUGUCAGGAUCGUCUUCCUUCACUUUGUAGCUGACAGAUUCCCUUUGUAGCUUUACACGGCAAUAUCAGAUUUAUUAUUACUUUCAUACCUUCAGCGUUAAAUUGGGACAGAUUUUUGAAUUCAAAUCUAAUUUUUUUCAUGAAGAUUUAAUCACUGUAAAUCUAUAAAGAAUAUUUGUAGCUCAGGGUUGAAAUGAGGGGUCCUUGGUAUUCCUGGACUCAGUUAUUUUCUUGCAAACAUUUCAUUAUCAGUGCUUGGAAUAGAUAGCACUGAUAUUACUUACUUUGGGUAAUGAAACGUCUUCAAGAAAACCACCUCAUUGUAAAUCUCAUGCCUAUGACAUUUUGGAGAAAAUAUAUUCUUAACUGAGGAGCGCAUGAAACACUUUUUCACAGCAAGCUGUGCCUCAUAUUUCUCAGUAAAAAUAUAAGCAUUGUACUGAGCUAGCUUGUGAGUGUUUUGAGUUCUGUUUCUGGCAACAGUGCAUGCCUUUUUUUUCAAAAUGCCCAAGCAAAUGAGAAGAAUUAUUGGUAAGAUUCAAUCACACCAAGAGCAACUGACUGAAGUUUUCUAUGCUUUUAACUUUCAUGUUCCUAAAGUAAAAGGUGGAAUUGAAGAGUACUUAAGAGCUAUAAAACAUUAUUUUUAGUAAAAUACCUAAGAUCCAUUUGGAAUUAUUAUAAUAUUUUUCAUUUUGUUCAUGUCUGCCUUUAUUAUCCUACAUUCCAAACAGGAGACUAUUAAACAAAUUUUAAAUCAGAAGUUAGAAUUAUUUUUUUUAAAAAAUGCAUUGCUUGUAGUUUAAAAACUCACUUUAUGUACUUACAAUAAUUAAUCCUGUUUGAGAAAUCCAACAGCGACACCCAGAGGCUAAGAAUAUUUGUCUCAGCACACAAAUUCUUGAUAUUCUUUUUUUUAAAAAAUGAAUUCAGACUAGUCUUGAAUCUUUAUGAACUUUAAAUGUGCAUUAAGUUUCCACACUAUUUCAUUCCAUCUAGAAUGUUCAUGCCCCUUUGUGAAGUUUUAUUCUGAACAUCGAUAAGCCACACCAGUUCAGCACAAGAGGCUGAAUUUUUAUAAAUCGGGGCCUUUCCUGCCUCUUUGCUAGCUUAAGUGGCUUAACACUGGGCAAGACAAAGACUUAUUAGUUACAUUUUUCUACUUGUGAGUACUGUAAUCAAGUAAAAACCAACAACUUACUUUAUUACAAAUUUUACCAUUUUAUAAAACACAUGUUUAAUUAUAGAGAUAGCUGUAUUGUAAUUAAUAUUUUGAAACAAUUGUGAUUUUGAGCUUAAAUUAUAUACAGAACUGUCAUUUUUGUAUGUGUUAAAAAGAUUGCUAUAUGACAAAAUACUUUUCAGUUUAAUUACAGUAUCAUUGUAAAUAAGGCUGAAUGAAGAAUCAUUUACUACUUUAUGAACAUAGAUUGUGAAUGUAAUUCAAUGUUUUGCAGUAUACAGAUUUACUGAACUUGAAAGCUGCUUCAUUUUAUGUGAAAAAGUACUUUAAAGCUAUAUUUUAAAUGAAUUGAUUCAGUGAAAUCAAUUAUCUUUAAUUUGCACAUACAGAUAGUAUCUUUCCCAUUUUACUUUGCGUAUUGACACUAACUAGUAAGGUGUAUAUUGUGUCUAGAAUGCAUUUUGCAGAUGCUUUCUGUACAUAAAAAGAAUACAGGGACUCAAACAAUGCUGUGCAGCGUAUAGCAGAGCCAUUUUCGGCUUUGAUGUACUCAAAUUUUUUCAGUAUUUAAAAAAAGUGUUUUGAAUAAUAUAUUAAAAAGUCUAUUGUAUAAAUAAAGUCACCUUAUUGUAAACA